AUGGGAAAGGGGCGAGAGAAGCGAAAAAAGCAGCCUCUCAUCAGGGAGAAGGCCUUCAAGUGCUUGGAAUGUGGGAAAAGCUUCAGGAAGAGCACCCACCUCCUCACCCACCAGCACAUCCACACUGGGGAACGGCCCUACCCAUGUAGGGAAUGUGGGAAGAGCUUCAGGAGCAACUCCAACCUGAUCCAACACCAGCAUAUCCACACUGGGGAACAGCCCUACACAUGUGGGGAAUGCGGGAAGAGCUUCAACCAAAGCUCCAACCUGAUCCGACACCAGGCCAUCCACACUGGGAAACGGCCCUACACGUGUGGGCAAUGUGGGAAGAGCUUCAGUGACAGGUCCAGCCUCCGGAUCCACCAGCGCAUCCACACCGGGGAACGGCCCUACAAGUGCUUGGAAUGUGGGAAGAGGUUUCAGACCAGCUCACAUCUCCUCAUGCACCAGCGGACGCACACGGAUGAGAGGCCCUUCCGCUGCACCGACUGCGGGAAGGGCUUCAAGCAGAAAUCCCACCUCGUCACCCACCGGCGCAUCCACACUGGGGAACGGCCUUACCCGUGUGGGGAAUGUGGGAAGAGCUUCAGGACCAGCUCCAGCCUGAUCCGACACAAGCGCAUCCACACUGGGGAACAGCCCUACACAUGUAGAGAAUGUGGGAAGAGCUUCAGCCGGAGGUACUACCUCUUCACCCACCAGCACAUCCACACUGGGGAACGGCCCUACACGUGUGGGGAAUGUGGGAAGGGGUUUCAGACCAGCUCAGAUCUCCUGAAGCACAAGGCAACACACACAGCGGAGUGGGCCUUCCACUGCACCUACUGCGGGAAGGGCUUCAACCGGAACUCCACCCUUGUCACCCACCGACACAUCCACACUGGAGAGAGGCCCUACAAGUGUGGGGAGUGUGGGAAGAGAUUUCAGACCAGCUCAACUCUCCUCAGGCAUGAGCGGACGCACACGGAUGAGAGGCCCUUCCACUGCACCUACUGCGGGAAGGGCUUCAACCAGAACUCCCACCUUGUCAGGCACCGGCGCAUCCACAGCGGGGAGAGGCCCUACAAGUGUGGGGAGUGUGGGAAGAGCUUCACCCAGAGCUCUGCCUUGACCCAACACCAACGGACCCACCAGUAAGGGAAGCCCCGACUGUGGGAAGAACUUCGGUCGCUGCUUCCACCCUGAAUGAACCCCCUGAUGGUUGAGGCAACCCCUGGAGUCCACUGACUGUCAGUCCAUCCCUUUUGACCAGAAAGGGCCAGUCCCCUUUCCCAGGGGCAGGUUAUUCCAAUAGAACUUUUCUUGGGGGGUGUGUGUGCAGAUUCCUGCCUUGGCUGGGGGCCCCCCAAGGUCACUCCUCGAGACUGGGAGCAGAGAUCUUCCCCCGAGUGUUGGUCUGGGGGAGUUCCAUCCAUCUCUAAUUAAGAAUUAUUGCUUUUGUGCCAGCUUGAGUAGAAUUGCUUCAACAAUUGCUUUAGUGUAGAGCACUGUCCUGUCUUAUCCUGUACUUCUGGUAGUUUCCGUAUGUAUAUUGUGCAGUAAAUAAUUCUGAUGAAGAUCUUUUGUCUGAUCAUUUGUAACCCUAAAUAAUUCAUUUCUAUCAAUAAAUCUGA